UAAUUUUCCCCUUGGAUGGAACUGACAGACUUUUCUGCUUCUGUCAUAAACAAGCGUCUUUCUUUCAUUGCUUCCCGUCUAAAUGCUACCUCCAGGGUGACUCCUGGGACCAGAGCGGAUCUGUGAGAGUGCUAUUUUUUUUCUCUCCUGAGCUGACUUUUUGAUUCUGUCAGCUGCUCUUUGUUUCGGAAAAGGCUGGAGCACCUUUGAUUAUUUAUUUACAUCAUACUAUUUGAUAUUCUUCAACUUUAAGGGAUAAUACCACAUAAAUGGAGAUAAGUAUUAAUGCAACCUUGUUUUUCUCCUGAACCGUGCUCUUGAUUUUUACAUAGGCAGACUGAUGGGAACUCCUGAAAAGCCUUACCAUGCAUAUAAAUAAGAGACAAGGCUCAAGUAAUAUGAAGACGAUCAAAUUGAAACAAUUACUCUCGGGGUUCAUUUUGCUCGGUGUAGUAAACCUAAGCAUCCAGCAAGUGUCCAGUGGCAACCAAAGCUCUCGAGGACCGAGAAGAUCAUCACAGGAGAGGACAGGGAUUUGUGAAGUGGUUACUGCUCAUCGCUGCUGCAAUAAAAACAAGAUUGAAGAGCGCUCUCAAACAGUCAAGUGUUCUUGCUUCCCAGGACAGGUAGCUGGGACAACAAGGGCACUGCCCUCUUGUGUUGAAGCUUCCAUUGUGCGUCAGAAAUGGUGGUGUAAAAUGGAGCCCUGUCUGCAGGGGGAGGAGUGUCGAGUUCUCCCUGACCUCACUGGUUGGUCAUGCAUCUCAGGGAACAAAGUGAAGACCACAAAGCGAUACGAUAGCCAUCCAGAUUGUCUCAAGACGCAACACAGAAGUCUCUGCCCAAGCUCCCUGGAGCGUGCACUGAGGAAAAGAAAUCAAGGUGGCACGGUAGCAAGACAGAAGCUUCUGGAAAAGAAUUAAAUUCUCACCUGACAUGCUGGAGUCAACUUCAGACAAAGCAGAGGAAAAAAAAUAACGGCUAUUAAAUUAAAUACCUCUUGGCUUGGCAUAAAAACUGCAGAAACUCACUAUUUAAUUUUCAUGUUCUUUGAACAGUUUUAUUUUGUGUUAAUCCUCCAUAGAGAACACUCUAUUAAAUUCAAGUAAAGAUUAAAUGAUGAAGUUUUUUUUUUUUCCAAUCCAAACAGCUUCUGCUAAAGUCUUUGUUUCUGUGCUUAAAAUGCAGGGCACACUGUGAUGCGCUCAAUCAAGGUUUGGACCGAGCUGCUGGCAGACCCUUAAAAAGAGAUUCUGUGGAUUUUUCAGGUGGCAGAAAGUGAACCCAGUAUGUGCCUCAUGAGUCGCUGCUGCUUAAAGCAGCAGACCGCAAAUACUAAGAAAUUUAUGAUUACAUGGUGUAGCAAUUGUAGUCAGUGCUGUCCCUUACUCUUAGCUUCCUAACGAGGUCAGGUCCCUUUAGACUAGUCCUUACCUCAAAGAAUCACUCUCACACAUUCACAUACUCAAGCACAUGCAUACAAAGGCAGUUUUUUACUCCAGUGGUCACAAGCCACCACCUGCAAGGAUUUGAUGGCAUGCACACAAGCAUGAAGUCCUGACGCAAAACAAGGACUGUUUGAAAUGCUAAUCAUCAGUAGAAAGAAGCAGAAAAAAAAAAAGAAAAGUAGGUUCUUAACUGUAGACAGUCUUUACACCAAGCUGUUUUGUUUGUCUCUCUAAACUGAGAGCACCCAUGGAGGAGAUUCUUCUUAUAGUAAUGAUUUAAAACACUGGCGUUUUCCUGCCUAGGAGCGAAUCGUCGCCUCUAACAGAGCAGAAUGUUUAUUACCACUUAAUCAGUUGUGCUUUUAAUAUGCAUAAUGCACAUAUUCCUCCUGGACUCAUCCUGAUUGCUUCUCUUUUAUCUCUUGAAAAACCAAGCAUUUUUACCUUCGUGAAAAUAUUUUUUUUCACCCUUUUUUAAAUAGCACAAAUUUAGCAGCUGCAAAUCACUUCAUUUUAGGCAUCAUGCUUGUAUGAAGGCCACAUGCUGCGGUGGCUGAAAGCACCUGAAUUUUAAGCAGCUUUCUCAACAUCACACAAUUAUCCAUUAUAAUUGUCUCAGUUCAGACAAGAUCUUUUUUCGGGCUAUCAGAUCAUUCAAGAAUUUUUGCAGGAUUUGCUUUGUAAACAUUGAAGUUAGAAUUACUGUACCAUUUGCUAUUUGAAGAACUGUGAAUGUUGAUCAUAUUAAUCAUAUAACUCCAGGAUGGUGACCAAAUGUUUGUGCCUACCCUAAAACAGGGAGGUGACUGAGUGUAAAGUACAUUUUGCACGACAGAGUUUCUGUCAAAUGUCACAUAAAGGCUAAACUUGGCUAAAGCUUGAGGCACUGCUGAAGCAUUUGGGUUAAAAGAUGUUUGAACUGAGCUGAACAUGUGUUUUGCUUAUGUAGAAGGUAUUUCAGUAAAGGUUGGCAAGUACAUAAGUGAGUAUGCCAUUUAUAAUUAUAAAAUUCUUAAUCUAAAAAAAAUUAAACAAGA